UCUCUCUCUCUCUCUCUCUCUCUCUCUCUCUCUCUCUCGCCAGCUCAGUCCGUAUCUCCGUCGGUCUGAGUCCUCAGCGCUGGCAAGGGAUAAUAAACUGCCUUUCCGCAGCAAUACGUGGUCAACGGAACAGCCCACAACAGAGUGGACUUUGACAGAAGAUUUGGCUGUUUUAAAGGCAGGGUCUUCCCUGGUUGGUGGCGAAGAUCUAAGUAAACAAAGCUGUUACUGUGGCACAACUGACCUUUUGGAUCUGAGUUCUACUGAAAAAAAAAGAGACCAGAACCAUCCAAAAAUAUCCUAUAUACAGAGGGGAGUUCAAAUUAAACCUUGAAUGCUGAUUUAUUAGAGUGAAAAGUGAAAGAGCGGUUCUUGGGAGGGUAGGUGGCUGGAGCUGUGCCAGUCACGACUGGAAGGAGGAGAGAGGGAGCGAUAGAUAAGACGAGGAAGGAAAGAGCAAGCCUCCUUACAUUGCACUCCUUCCACUCUGCUGAUGCAUAGAAAAUGAUCCAAAGACUCACAGAUUGAAAGCACUGCUCAGCGAUUUAAAAGGGGAGCAGUCAAGAAGUCGAAGACCAUGAGUUACAGCUGUGGCAAGCAACGCUAUAAACCUAUAACGCGGACUGCGUAAAAUGGGGACUAUGUUUGACAUUAUGGUUCCUGAACAGCUGUGACUGCCCUCAAGACACUUUUUACCCCCAGAACCUGUCUUUGUAAUCCUAUUGGCCGUCCAUCUCCUGUGAUCAUUUUUCUUAUUUUGAGCCCUAACCUCUUUCAUUUCCACCUUGGUCAAAACAAAUCCAGUUUUUGCUCAAAAAUGGCUAGCAGGUUCAGCUUAUCGUGUGCUUUUUCACCCUGCUUCCUCAUCCUCUCUCUCCCUAUUUUUCUCCUCCUUCAUGCACCUUCUUUUGUGAGGGGUGACUGCUGGCUAAUUGAAGGGGAUAAAGGCUAUGUGUGGCUGGCAAUCUGCAGUCAGAACCAGCCUCCAUAUGAGACAAUCCCACAGCAUAUUAACAACACCGUCCAUGACUUGCGGCUGAAUGAAAACAAGCUCAAAGCAAUUUUCUUCAGCUCCCUCAGCCGAUUCACCAACCUUACUGACCUCAACCUCACCAAGAAUGAAAUCUCCUACAUUGAGGAUGGUGCCUUCGCAGGACAGGCCAAUCUACAGGUCUUGCAGUUGGGAUAUAACAAGCUAACCAACCUCACUGAGGGGAUGCUGCGAGGGUUGGGUCGAAUGCAGUGCCUGUAUCUGCAGCAUAACCUUAUUGAGGUAAUUGCAACCAAUGCCUUCUGGGAGUGCCCAAGCCUUAGCAGUCUCGAUCUUUCCUCUAAUAAAUUAGCAAGGCUGGAUUCAUCCACCUUUACUGUUUUGGGUGGACGGCUAAUAGUGUGUGAACUGGCUGGAAAUCCUUUCCAUUGUGGCUGUGAGUUGUAUGGCUUCCUUAUCUGGCUAGAGGCAUUUGACAAUGUCACUCACACCUAUGACAGGCUCCAGUGUGAGACCCCAAAAGAACUUUUUGGCUACCCUCUCCUGAGCCCUAGAGGUAAUCAUGGAAGAAAUGCUCGUUCUAUCCUGUCAUCCAUGUGUAAGGAUGGAGUGAUUGUUGGGGGCAUAACAGCCCUGCCUCCUGACUUGGACUCUUCUGGGAUGGGGAUAGAUAUUUAUGAUCAGACGGGACCUUAUCACCAGCCCACAGCUUCAUCAACCACUGACCCAACAUACAGCCCCACCAUUAAGUUACAAAUGGUUUCCCUCUCCUCUGCAUCUCUCUUGGUUCAAAUACCCAAGCCCUACAGUAAGAUGUAUAUUCUAGUGCAGUAUAACCACACCUUUGUGUCAGAUGUCAUGAACUUAAAUAAAAAGAAAGAGAUCGUCAAACUAAACAACCUAAUGGCCCACACAAAUUACACCUUUUGUGUUGCCUCCAUUCGCAAUUCCCAGCGGUACAAUCACACUUGUUUGUAUUUUGCAACUCGGGCUCCAGGGCCCGAUAACUUGAGUGCAACCCCUUCUACCACCACCCAUUACAUUAUGACCAUUCUAGGCUGCCUGUUUGGGAUGGUCAUUGUGUUGGGCUUGGUGUACUACUGCUUACGUAGGCGUCGAAUGCAGGAGGAAAAGGAAAAGUCUAUUAGUGUUAAGAAAACUAUCUUAGAGAUGCGCUAUGGGCCAGAAGCAGCUGCUGCAGCAGCCAAGGACCCUUCAGCCUUGCAGAAACUUCAUGACCAGUCUCAUCAUCAACACCACCACGGCAAGCUGUCCCAGUCAGCAUCCUCCAGCUUGGGCGUCCUUCAUAGUUCAGCCAAUACCACCUCUUCUCGGCUUUCUUCCCUUCCGCAAGUGGAGAAAAUGGCUACAGCUUUCUCAGAAGCCAUGGCCGCCAAUAAGGGCAACUACAUGGAUGUAAGAACGUCAGCAGGAGGAGAGGAGCGAGUAAGAGAUGGAGUUGUAGCAGGGUCAGGGGAUGAAAUCACAAGGGAUGAAAAUGGGAUUAAUGGAGGAGAUGACUCUGAUGAUGAUGGCCGAGAUUCAACAUCGGAGAUCUCUACCAUUGCCAAGGAGGUGGACAAAGUAAAUCAGAUUAUCAAUAAUUGCAUUGACGCACUCAAACUAGACUCUGUAGCUGUUGUGGCAGCUGCUGCAGCCACUGCAACUACAGCAGAUAACACUGCCUCUCCACCACCUCCUAGUGUCCCUUCAUUAGCCAGGGGGCUAAUUCCACUUUCCCCUACCAUCACAGAGACAUGCCAGAUCAUGUCGUCCCCUAAAAUCCGUCCUCCACCCCCUGUUCCUCUUGUUUUGCCCCUUUCUGAGCGGCCCGGCAUCAGUGGAGGUGGGUUUCUCUCCCCUCCUUACAGGGACCCACCCCCAGCUACAGCAUCCCGGCCGUUGCAGAGGCAACUCAGUGCAGAUGCUGCAGUUGUUCCUAUCAACUCUGUCAAAAAUCGCUGCAGCGUUUCUUCCGGAGGCUCUGUCAAAAGUGCUCGGGUCUUCAGUCUGGAUGUCCCCGAUCCUCGUAGCACAGAGCCAUGCAAGUACCCUGAGAAAGGUAGCCCUGUUCGGUGCGGGGAGCCCAUGGAGAGGUUGCCCUUAAUAGGGGUUCAGGGAGUCAGUAAUGGCAGAGGAGAUGGUGGCAGCGGGGGUGGAGGGGGAGCCGGUGGUGGCAGUGGUGGUUCGGGUGGGUGUGGUGUUGUGGUCGGAGGUGGGGGCAGCACAGCUCAGCAGCACCACUUGGAGGUGCACCCAGACUACCACUGCUCAGAGCACCGACACUCCUUCCCCGCCCUCUACUAUGAGGGUGCCACUGACUCCCCUGCCCAGAAAGUCUCCUUUCUAAAGCCUCUCACUCGCACCAAGAAGGACACUGCCUAUUCACAGCUUUCUCCCCGCCACCACAAUUACUCAGGGUAUUCCUCUAGCCCUGAGUACUCCUCUGAGAGCACGCUUAAAAUCUGGGAGCGCUUCCGACCAUACAAGAAAAGCCCCCGUGAGGAGGCCUACAUAGCCGCUGGCCAUGCUCUUCGAAAGAAAGUGCAGUUUGCAAAGGAUGAGGAUCUCCAUGACAUUCUGGACUACUGGAAGGGGGUGUCAGCACAGCAGAAACUGUGAUACUUGCAAGAGACUUGACAACAGGAGGUGAGGUUGUGGAGAACAGAAACAAUGACUCUUGAGACAGCUCGGCAGACUCCAUCAGCAGGUGCUUUGGUCCCUAUAGGCCACCACAGAGACAAGUGUUCUGAAAGAGACAGAAUUAAGCAGGUGUUCCAAGCUCAUUAAGGCAUAGAUAAGCAACCAACCAGAAAUGCACAGGAAAUGUGGCACUUAAAAAGGCAACCGAUUUCAGUUUAGAAUCCCUCCAUUUUACCUUGUGUACCACCUAUGCUCUCUUGCACUGUAGUUUGACAAGAUAAUAGUCUUAAAUGAGGAAUUAGUGGUUUUAUUUUACAAAUGCCUGGAUAUAGUCUCGAGUGACAGUGGUAACUAAUGCUUGUCAAGAUGAUUGUUUUACAAUGUUAAUUAGUAAGAGGGGAAAAAAAAGAAAAGUGAGUUUCGCUUUGCUGAAGCCACAGGUCAAAACAUGGAUACCCUGUUCACACCCAUUCCCUAAUGUUUGUUCAAGCAAAGCAUACUCAUUGAUUUGAGACACCUACUCAUAUUUUACACAGCAUGUGUGGGACAAAGUUAGCAAACCAGAGGCAGCAAUUUGGACAUGCUUUGUAUUUAAGUGUGGAAAUUCGAUAAAACAGUGUAAAUUUCUUUUUGGCAUUUGUUUGUGGAAAAACCAGCCUCAAAGACAUUUUUCUGUUCAUUUGUAGAUACUUCAGACAGUUUUUAUUUCUUUCUAAAAACAGAAAGAGCAAAAUGGGAUUUAAGAAUGGAAGCUUUGUCUGUUUGGUUUUAAAAGUGGCAGCUAGAUAUAGACACCAAUGUUGUAAUAGGCUGACAUACACAAGGUUACCAUUAUGUAUUAAAUAUUGAGGCAUGUUACACAAAGGGUUUGCUUUGUUUAGCCUAUUGGGAGGCAAAAUGCCAAAGCUUUACUCAAUGACACACUUUCACAAAAUGGCAAACCUAAUUUGGAAGCUAUAAUUUCAUGAAAUGUUAAAUAUAUAAUUUCAGAAUAACAGUCAUACUGGCGUUUGAGUAAAAGUUUUCAAUGGCCCGUUAAGCUUCUGACAGGCACAGAAAUCCUUGAACAGGCUUCACAUAUGUAAAAUGCUUAUUUUUUUUACCACCAUUGAUUCCACAGAAUCCAAUGCCAUAUUUGCAUUUCAAUUAUUAUUUGGUCAGGUCUACUUUUAUUCAAUACCGUAGUAGCUCUGCUGUUAUUUCUCCCUAUUGAUCUGGCCUUCUUUUUCCUGUUAAAGCCCACUCCUCCUGACCUAAUGUCGGUUAUGGUCAAACUAGGGAUGGUAUGAAACAAAUUCAAUUAUUUCUCACAUCUCAUUUUUUAAGACCUUGUUAUUGUCCUCACAUGGAAAAUUAAUUAGUAAUUUGCAGCAGAGGAGUCAAGAGGUCACAGAGGUGCUAAUAUUAUUAACACUGCCAGAUUGGAGAAGUGAUUGAAAUUAAUCUCGCCCUUUCCGGUCAGGUCAUCACCCAGAAUGCAUCCCUGGAGUUUUGAUGAUUCGCCGGUGGCAAUGAAAGGCAAGCUGCAGCUCUUCUUCUUUAGAGCAAUUCAUUGGCUUAAAAAUAGUCCUUAAGCACUACGAAAAUAGGCAAGGGUAUUUUUUGAUGAAAAACAUCAAGGCAUUUGUUUUGUCUAAUAAAUGCAGAUUAUGGUUGACAUGCACUGGGUUUUCUCACCAUUGAGUGCACACGUCAUUAGAAUCCAGCCUGUAUAUGGAAACUGAUCUUAAUUUUACAGGUUCAGUUGGCUAUUGGUGAAAAUUAUAAACUCUCAGCAUGUAUCAGUAAUGUCACAAUCAUCCUUCAGGGGUCAAAAUCAAUGCUCUGUAAUUCAAAGGUUUGCCUUGUGAGCCAUUUUACUAAAACCUCUCACGAGGAAUUCCAGGUUGCAGUCAAAGUCUAAUAAGAUAAGAUGAACAUUGGCUACCCUGUAAAGAAAGAAGCUAUAUUAAAGCUUAAGCUAAUGUUUUAUGUGUGUCUGUAUAAAAUAGUGUGAAAAUUGAACCGUAUAUGAACAAAGUAUACAUGGAUUGAUAUGACAAACAUAGCAAGAGCUUGCGACAAAACGACAAACCCACACAUGCAUAUAUUCUACCAUCAUUAGCUUUCCUGAAAUCUCAUUUAUUCCCAUUUAAGACUCCAAAAGUUAGUUGUUUUUUUUUCUUGCCCCAACUAUUUUCCUAAAUUCAGUUAGGAGAUGAAUUUUCUAAACAGCCUCAAGGCUUGCGUUAUUGCACUGUGGUUGGGAGAUACCAAGCUAAGACAAUUGGAGAUAAAUUAUUAUGCUCUUGGAAUGUUUUAAGUAUAUUGUUGGCAUAUGGGAAUGACAGCUAUUUGUGGUUUGAUUCCCUGCUGAUAAGUUGUUUCUUUGGUAACUUAUGUGCGUGUGGUCUUAAAGAUAUACAAUGUUGAUCAGAUGUAACUGAUGGAUGACUGUGAAAACUGUGACAAACACAACCAACAUGAGAACAAUCUAUACUAACAAUGGUUACAUACAGUAUAUGUACAAGUAGUAUUAGAUUUCCAAUGGGUAUGUCCAGUGAAAACAAAAUCGCUGUAUGUGUACACGUACACACAAACACUCACACACAUGUACACAAAGGCAUAUGCAGAGUCUACAAUCUACACAUAAUGUAUAAGUUUACAGACACAUAGUCUUAAAAGUGCCCUCUUGGCACUAAAACAAAGAGCGAACUAUUUUAAAGGACGGUGCCAAACAUUUGUAAGAUUGUAACUGUUAUUUAUUUGUCAAAGUAACUGCAUUGUUUUAUGAUUGAAAUGUCAUUGUUGUAGUUGGCGUUUAUUUAAUGUGAUUUUACAUUUCAGAGGACACUAUAUAAUAACAUAAUGGUUUCGUUUUUGUCUGCCAGAAUGCCUUCCUGAUCAGGUGUACUCGAGGCCAAAAUCCAGAUGCGUUUGUAUAAUUUUGAUGUGGAUUGUGCUUUGAUUGAUUCCCAGUUAUAUUAUGUAGCUUAAUGCAUCCAAAUUAAUGGAUAAUUCACAUCAGGGCUGCAUUGAUUUGCAUGAAAAAGAUAUUUAGCAGGUUUCCUACAGGCUCGAGCAUUUAGAAUUUACUAGAAAUACCUCAGGAAAAAAAAAAAAAAGUAGUUUUGCUCACAUAAAUGGCACUUUAACUCCCACAACACUGGUGAGUAAAGUUCCCUUCUCUAUACGGUUUUACCGAGAACCAUAGUUUCAACAAUUUCCGUCCUCCCACUAAUAAAGUUUUAAGCAGCGAAAGACUUACGGCCCACAAUUCUCUGGACUCCUACCAUCUUGUCCAUGGAGAUAAUAAGCCUUUCAAAACCUACCAUUGUCCUCUGAUGCACUUGUCAAAUUUAGUUGCAUGUUCAGAGUGUGAUGAAUCCUUUUUUUCUUUUUUUCCUUCCCUUUUUUUCCCUGCUAAUGUAUUGUGCCAGCAAUUUCUCUUUCAUAUCUCUAUUCCUCAUGCUCCAGCUGAGUGUUCGUGCUUAUGCUCCUGAAGCCUUCAUGAAAUGAAUUUGGUGUGCGGUUAAAACACAGAAAGGUUUUCUUGUUUUAAUGAGCUGUACGUACUUUCAACUGCUUUAAUCAGGCCAGGCCCCCGCAAGACCCCUGAUUAGUCACCAGAACAAGGAAUAAAAUGUCAUUCGCACUCUCCAUGGCACCACUCCGGGUUUAAUGCAAAAAGAUUCGAAUCGCCGAGCAUUCCCAACCCCCUUAUCUUGAGAUGGGUAUUAACUCAGCAGGUUAACCAAGACCUUAGAGAAGAACCCGCUGUGAUUGAGGCUCGAGUUUUGCGUGCCUUUCAGUCAAACAAUUUUUGAGUAAUAAGGGAGCCGAGCUUGGGGAAGACAGCAAAUUUAAGCGAGCGAUGAAUCGGCACGCAUUAUUAGUAUAGCUUCUGUAAUAAGGUCAAGUUUGAUGUACAUUACUAAUUCAAUUGCUUUCAUGGCAGCUUUGCAUAAUUUAGUUUUCCGUUUUGUAUAGGUUCGCAAACUUCCUUGUUUUAUGUUUAAACUGUUUAAAGUUACCAUGAAAAAUGCACUCUUUUGGUGCUUGAUGUAUACGUUCUUCCAUCUUCUUUUAGUUAAUUCCUACUUUCCAAGUAAUUCAUUGUCAAACCAUUAAUCACAUCUAAAAUAAAGGUUUUUGUUUACAUAAUAUAUGUGUGUGUGUGUACUGUGUAUAUAUAUUGUGUGUGUGUGUCUGUAAA